UUUUUUCCUUUUUGCAUGCUCAGUUACUCUUUAUUUGAUCUCUGUUGGAGGCAACGUCGCUUGGUGCAGACUAUAUGGUGGUUGUAACCUAUUCGUUGUUCCCUGAAGGCCAAUUUGUAAUAUUCUGAAAUUUGUUUUAAUUUCAGUUUUUGGUAACCUAAACUUUAAAUGUAAAUGUCUGCCAUUUUCCUGCGGAUCUGUUUCAGCUCGCUCGUUGCAUUCCAGCUGGUUAAAUUUGAAGAAAAAUAGGUGUUGUAAAACUUUGGAAUGGAACUGUAACUUUGUCUUGGUUUAUCUAAUUUAUCCAGCUUGAACCCUGUGCCACAGUUCCGCCACGAGACCUCUGGCGAAUUGACCCUCAAGGCCUCCGCCGAGGCGAUCCAGGUCGCCAAGGCAUAUGGCCAGAGCGGCCCUGUGCCGUUCAAGGUCAAGUCGGCCGAGAUGGUCAGGGAGCAGGCCAGGAGACGGGUGCGGGCAGCAGGUGGUGACCCCGGGGACUCCAAGCUGGUGCGCAGCGCCAGCGAGCUCCAGUUUGGACAGACUUUUAAAUGGUUGCUGACCCAUGACCUCGGCUAUGCCGUCAUGGUGUUGGCAACCCACCUGAGGGAGCGCAAAGAUGGCCAGGUGUCGGAUAGCCCGCUGGCGAGCAAUAAAAACGCCCUGGAGUCCUACGCCUGGCUCUUCCCCGACGUGAAGAAGGCCAUCCGUCGUCGCCAGGAGAGAGAUGGGUCGGCCAGGACUCUGGACGAGGGCAAGAGGCUCGUCGGCUUCGGCCAACACGGACACCUGACGUUUGAGGCCCUUUACGAUACAGAAGAUCGGGAGGCCAAGAGUUACAUCAAAUGGCUCCGGCGCCAGACCACCAAAGUCGGGACCAAGAUGCAUGCACUCCAGCUGUAUGUGCAGCGGAGAGACGAGGCGAAGGCGGCAGCAACCUCUUCCCUUCCCAAAACCACCACUGUUGCCCCCACCGCCUCUCUCUCUGCAGCAGCCUCCGUCAUCGAGAUUCCCGAUGACGUGCUGCUGUCGGCCAGCAUGGAGUUGGAGGCUGGUAAGUGACAGCCACCCAUGGAAACUGGUGGUGACUUCUUCACUUUUUUUGUUUAACCUGUUAUUUGUUUGAAUUUGUUAACAACCUUC